CCUCACUCAUCUCUCUCUCUACAUACAGAGCGGGAACACAAAAAAAAAAGUGCAGAUGCUCUCUCUACUUUCUCUCUCUACAAUUCGGAUUCCGACGGUGGUGGUGGUGGUGGUGGUGGUGGAAGAAAGCUCGAUCGCCUCGUUCUGAUCUCUCUCAACACAUACACAUGCAUGUAGCUAUGUGCUUGUACAUAUUCAUCGUCGUUGAAGCUGAUUUGGAGGAUAUGAGUUUCUCUCUCUAGAAGUUGAGGACUGGAGUGUGGAGGCAUGGCGGUGAAGUUCGAGGGCUUCUCGAUCCGAGAGUAUGCAUCGAAGAUGAGGAGUGUUGAUGUUGUGAAAUGCUGGCCGUUUGGUGGGGGAUCAUCGGACGAGACUCGAAAGGAAGAUGUAGAAGCUUCGCUGCCUCCGAUUACCGUCAAGAAGUUCAGGUGGUGGUCUGACUUGCUCAAGGUUGAGCGAUCGAAAGAAAAUGGAGAAUCGUCCAAGGCAUCGUGUAACGAAACUGCUUUCGAGUUAGGAAAUAUCGAGGCGGAGGAAAUGGAGGUGGCUCUAGAAUUGUCUAAGACUGUUUUGGAUCGAGAAAAUGAGAAAUUGGAGUCGGUUUGUUCGGUGAAAUUGAAGGCCAAGUCGAGAACGCAGAAGAAGAGAUCGAUCGUGGAGAUUUUCGCGGUGGCUCCACAAGUUGAGAGAGUUGACGAUGAUGAUGAGGAUGAGUAUGAGUAUGAUGAUGAGGAGGAGGAUAGUAGCGAAGAGAAUGAGGUUCACAACUCGAAGGUUUUGGCCCUGUGUGAUGUUCUUGGUUCGUACGUUGAAGGUAACGAGAAGAAGAACAAGAAAAAGAAGAAGAAGAAGAAGAAACCCAAAUUGAAAGAUGAAACCAUGAGCAAGUUGAAGAAGUCCAAGAAAAUGAACAAGAUCAAGAAGAAGGGUCUAAAGAUUGGAAGAGAUCGACUGGUUCAGUCAAUUGCUAAGAAGGAGAAGCCUCGUAAGCUCAAACUGCAUUCUGCAAUCAAUAUCGGCACAAAACCAAACAGUUCAUCAGAUGGUAAGGGGUUGAGAAAGGGCAUUUUGGAUGCUGUGACCAGUCACAAGAAGAAACCAAGAGUAAAAUGUUCAGCUACACACAAGAAGAACAAACUCCUGCAAACUUCUAAGUUGAUCAAGCAGCAAAAAACAGUUUUUCCUGUUCGUAGUAUUCUCAAGAAUAAAAAAAAGGGAAUUUCAGGGGAGCACCCCAUGGUAUGCAACUCAAAGAUUUCUAGUCAAGUGAAUCAGUUUGGUAGUACACAAGUGGAUAGGCGCGUCAGGUUCUCAGAUAAGGAUGACAUAUUGGGACCAAGAAGGAAGGAUUUUUCUUCUGUAGACUGUCCUAAAGUGCCAAAGUUUGUGGUUCAGAAUCUACAAUCCAUUUCCUGCUGCUUUGUUAAAGGGCCUGGUAUUGAAAGGGGUAAAGAUUUAACCAUUGAGGUGGAUGGAAGUGAUGAAGAUGUUUCAAUUAGCACAGAAAAUGAGACAGAGGUUCAACCUAUAAGUGAAAGGCAGUUGUCUGAUACUUGCUGUCUUGAUACACCAAAUUUCCUGAGGCCACAUAUGGGUUGUCAAGAGCAUUUAUCUGACAGAUCUAUGACUGUAAAUCAAGUUGCACUUCGUAGUGAAAAUUCGCAAACAAUUGAACAAGGAUACAGAGACGCAUCACAUGAACCCUUGUAUGCUUGCUCUCCAAGGUUCCCUUCGCUGCCAAAAGAGGGGUAUAAUCCCAGUGUGAAUACUCAAGUUGGUGCAGACAUUUUAAGAGCUUCCAAUACAAGUGACAGAUUGAUUGAAUAUCAGUCUGGGGAUCCUACCUCUAGUGCUGCUGCAGUGUGUUCCAUGGGGUAUGUAAAGGCAUUUCCUCCGCCUUCAUCAUCAUAUUUUGCUAUGAAUGGAAAUACAAAUGGAAGGCUUCCAUGUCCAUCGCAGAACACCACAGUAAAUUACAAUAACAAAGCUUUGCAAUACCAACCAUUCCGUCAUCUGUCUCCCAAGGAAUUGAUGCGUAGUAUAUGUUCCUUUCCGGACUGGAAGCAAAGAGCAGUUACAGGUAAAGAAAAAUGCAUGGAUGAAGAUUUCUGUGGUUUGCCCCUUAACUCGCAUGGGGAAAUAAUCCAGUUCAAUUCAAUUGGUAAAGGCAUGUUUAACCAUCUGAUAAGGCCGCCAACAAGUACAGUAACAGGUUCUUCAAGGAGCUUAGCUGUGCAUAACAUGCUGACAAAUGGCACUGUGAAUCUUUCAAAUUUCAAAGAUACAAAUUAUGUUGGGGGAGCACCAACAGUGGACCAAUUAAAAGUGUUCCCUGUUCGUAGCUGCGUGAAAGAGAAUCCUAACAUACCUGUGUCUUCUAGGUUAGGUUUUCAUAGAUUACAAAGUACUGAAAGAACAGAUGUCCACUGUUUCGACUCUGUCGAUCGUCUAGAAUCAGACUUGGAGCUAAUGAACAUCUCUCAACAAGGGCACAAUCAAUAUAACCAGGUUCAGAACCAAAUUGGAGAUGGAAAGGGUAAUCAGCAAGGGAGCUCUGACCAUGUGCCAAUGCGUGUGACCCAACCAACAAUGCGACUGAUGGGUAAAGAGUUUACAGUUGGUAGAAGUGCCAGAGACUUGCAAGCAUACGAAGAUGGAAAGGUUUGGACUGACAAGCAAAUCAUAGCGGAGCAUCGUCAAGCCAACACUGCCAUGGACAGCUUGUCGUUGGGGAGACAGCUUUGAAUGAGGACUUGAUUGUACACUCUGCUUCAGGGAAAUUAAAAGAGAAUGUAGCUUGCUUAUCAGAACCUCAAAUCAAUCAAGCAUCACAAAGCACUAUUCAGAUGAAAAAUCCAGGUUCUGGGUUUUCUUACCCAUACCUCAACUGUAAAACUGAUACAGGAUAUCCAAAUUGCUAUCCCACAAUCAGUGGAAAUCAUAUUUCUCAAUUGCAUCCUUAUUUACCUUCAGCUGCUUCUCCUCCGUUAUUUAGUCGGACUCCACUUCUCCAAGAGGCCUUUAUAUCUGGGUACGAAUCUCUGAAACUCAAUGCCCAGAUACCGAAAUUGGCCUCGACUCCUCGUCGAAAUAUGAGUUCACAAAACAAGCAGAAACUGCAUCAUGCUACAAAAUCAGCCUUUGAGUUUCCUUUCUUGCAUCCAGAUUGUGGAGAACAUGUCCGGCGGCCAUCUUGGUUUCAGAGCUCUUCUAAGAGCUUGCCACCAUGGUUGUUAAGUGCAACACAGCAGAAGGAAACAUCACUUGGUUCUUGUCAAUCUUAUUCUGAUGUGGGAGGUAAACGUCACUCCUGCACAAUGUCUGGUACUAGCCUUCGAAAUAUCCCUUCUGUGCCAGAAGUUUCUUAUCCAUACAAUCCCAUGUCUUCCAACUCAGCAAUGCAGAAUUUUCUUGGUCCAGCACCCUUUGCUCACCACCCUCCACUCAUUCCACUGAGUCGCGGGUUUAUACAAACUUCUGGCAUUAAUAAGAUCCAUGGAGAUAGAAUGAAGUUCAAAGAGAGAAUGAUCCCAAGAGUGAGUGUUAAAGAACCUUUUCAGGGCAAGAAAACCCGGAAGAGGCCUGCAGCUAAAUCAGAUGAUUCUGCAAAGCUGACUAAGAUACCUAAGUUGACAGUUCAAGAAGAUUCUAGCAUAGCUGCACUUGAACUAGAUUCAAUCAGAGGAAAAGCGAGAAGUGUAGGAUGUGGGGUGAUUGAGACUCGGACAGAUGAGCUGGGAGUUUCACCUGCUGUGGUUGAUACCUUUAAUGUGGAUGGCAUUGCAAGAUCAGGUCCCAUUAAACUAAGUGCAGGAGCAAAGCACAUACUUAAACCGAGUUCGAAUUUGAAUCAGGAUAACUCAAAGCCGACCCAUUCAACCGUUCCUUUCGCUGCAGCAACUAUUUCCGGUAGGGUUUCUGAAUCCGAGAAGAAAUCAGCCCAAAUUUACAGGUUUUAAAAGAAAUGCUUCCAUUUUCCGAGGCACUGUAUUCGUCAUGCUGAACUGCUCUUGGGCUGUCAAGUUAAAUUUGAAAUGCCGAUGCAGCUGACUUGUGAAAUGCCAAAAGACCUGUUAAGUUAUGCUUUUCUGUUUUUAUACAUCAGCCGGGUACUGUCAACGGUGGGUUAUGUAAUAUGACAUCCUCCUUUUAAGUGGUAAAUUUUAUGCAUGACUUGUGACUUUCAAUGGUGUAGAAUAUUUAACCUGUUUAGAACUUCUAUCUUUUCCGUCCUGGCAUUUUUGGAGAAACAAUUAAAUAUAUAUGUUAUUUA